UACAGCAAGCUGGAAGCUCUUCCCCAUGCAGAAUGCCUGCUUUGCCUAGCCCUCGUCUUCCAUUGUCUAAUUCCUUCAUUCCGGCUGAAGGCUCCAAGUCCUACUGUUUGGAGGACUCUUACUGAAUGUAGCUUAGCUGCUGUUGGUGUUUAUUGGUCAGCUGUCGUGGCCUCAGGGAUCUGUUUAUGAGCUUGUGGUUUUCUCGGAGCAAUAGAACAGUCUGAGGUCUCUGCAAAUCUUGAAACUUUGGGCUCAAUCCUACCAGCCAACUCUGGCCUUUGCCUGUUCAUCUAUGGAUUCGGAUUUCUACCCAUGGCUCUCCGGAAUCUGCUGGUGAUCUCUAGAAUCUUUUGGAACGUCGGGGCUCUUUAGAACUCUGAGGCGUGGGGAUCUCAGGCCUCUGGAGGAUCUUGGAACCAGCGAUCCACUGGGUGUUUCACAGACCAGGAGGAGACGAACGUUUGAGCCUGAGAUGGCAGCCACCCUGCUCAUGGCUGGGUCCCAGAUCAGACUUAAUGCCAAUGCCUUCUCGACAUUUCUAACCAUGUCUCUAAUUUCAAGAAGAAAGACUGGGACUAAACUCCUAGAUGCUAAGUAGUGAGGAAGCAUUGUGUGAUUUCAGGCCCCUGUGACAUUUGAAGAUAUGGCCAUGUACCUCACUCGGGAAGAAUGGAGACCUCUGGAUCCUACACAAAGAGACCUUUACAGGGACGUGAUGCAGGAGAAUUACGGAAAUGUUGUCUCACUGGACUUUGAGAUCAGGAGCGAGAACGAAACAAACCCGAAAGAAGAGCUUAGUGAAGAUGUGGAGUUUGUGACCAUGUCCGAAGAGCCUAUUGGGGAUGCUGAGAAGAACCCGGAAAGCGAAGAAGUCUUUGAAAGUGGGGACAGGUCCGAAAGACAGUGGGGAGAGCUGACCGCGGAGGAGUGGGCCAGCUACCCUCUCCAGCAGGUCACUGACCUGCUGGCCCACAAAGAAGUCCACACAGGCAUCCGCUAUCACAUAUGUUCUCAGUGUGGGAAGGCCUUCAGUCAGAUUUCAGACCUCAAUCGACACCAAAAAACGCACACGGGAGACAGACCCUACAAGUGUUACGAAUGCGGCAAGGGCUUCAGCCGCAGCUCCCACCUUAUCCAGCAUCAGAGAACACACACGGGCGAGCGGCCCUACGACUGCAACGAGUGCGGGAAGAGCUUUGGAAGGAGCUCUCACCUCAUCCAACACCAGACGAUCCACACCGGGGAGAAGCCCCACAAGUGCAACGAGUGUGGGAAGAGCUUCUGCCGGCUCUCCCACCUCAUCCAGCACCAGCGGACCCAUAGCGGGGAGAAGCCCUACGAGUGCGAGGAAUGCGGGAAAAGCUUCAGCCGGAGCUCGCACCUGGCUCAGCACCAGAGGACGCACACGGGCGAGAAGCCUUACGAGUGUAACGAGUGCGGACGGGGCUUCAGCGAGCGCUCCGACCUCAUCAAGCACUACCGCGUGCACACGGGCGAGAGGCCCUACAAGUGUGAGGAGUGCGGGAAGAACUUCAGUCAGAACUCUGACCUGGUGCGGCACCGCAGGGCCCACACCGGGGAAAAGCCGUACCACUGUAACGAGUGCGGGGAGAACUUCAGCCGCAUCUCGCACUUGGUCCAGCACCAGCGGACGCACACGGGAGAGAAGCCCUACGAGUGCACGGCCUGUGGGAAAAGCUUCAGCCGCAGCUCCCAUCUGAUCACACACCAGAAAAUUCACACCGGGGAGAAGCCCUAUGAGUGUAAUGAGUGCUGGCGAAGCUUCGGGGAGAGGUCAGAUCUGAUUAAGCACCAGAGGACUCACACGGGAGAAAAGCCCUACGAGUGUGUGCAGUGUGGAAAGGGGUUUACGCAAAGCUCCAACCUCAUCACCCAUCAAAGAGUUCACACGGGAGAGAAGCCUUAUGAAUGUACCGAGUGUGACAAGAGUUUCAGCCGGAGCUCAGCUCUUAUUAAACACAAGAGAAUCCAUACCGACUAAGUCCUGUAUUCCUGAGUAAGAAAUGACUCGUGGAGGUACAGUUAUAUUUGAUUUGAUAUCAGUGAGCUUCCUUAAGACUGACUUUCCUUAUUGUGGGCCACAGUUUAAAACAUGGAAGAAUACAACCCCUUUGAAAUUCCGACCCACAGCGUUGGGGACGUUUUCCCCUUCUCCAAAAUAGUUAUUUUCCUUCACCGAUUUUAUUACGUGAAUCGCAUCAUCAAAAGCAGCCCCCGUCCCUAGUAACUUGAAAGCUGAAGACCAGAGGACAAGAUGCUGGUGGAUGCUUAGGCCUGGAGAUGGAGUAGAUUUUUAAAAAGUUGUUUUUUUCCUCUUGUAUCUUUGGCCCCAAAAGACUGCAGUGGGAAUGUGGAACUGGACUAGGGUGGCCGCAGCUGCUCUGGCAGAAGGCAGGCAGACUUGUCCUGAGUAGCCACUGUUCACACACCGCAGUCGCCAGGCUCAUGCACUUCCCUUCCAAAGGGCUUUUUCCUUGAGUAGCUCAUAUUGGUACCUUGCCAUCUUGCGCUCAGGAUUCUGCACGCUGAAGGCAGUGACUGAAUCAUUUCUCCUUGUUUCUCACGUGUGUAUAGCUUGCAUGCUUUUGAAAGCUACCGGAGGAUACAGUGUGAAAGGAGAAGGGUACAAGUUUGAGGACCAAGGUCCCUUGGGUGGUGGUGACCUUAGCAAGAGAUACCCAUUGAUGCUGUCAUUAAUCAGGUUUAUCAAUUGUCUUCAGAAAUCACUUUAGAGGUGGUAGUGUAGAAACUGCCUUUAGGAAAGGACAGGACCGCAGGUGAUGACGGAAGGAGUAGGAAGUGAGUCGACUCCUUCAGGGAAGGGAGCACCGAGCCCUUCCCAGGGAGCGACAGUCAUUUCUGUGUCCUUUGCCAUCUAACUUUGAACAGUUAGGCCAGUUGCCCUUGUACUGCUAACUCUAGGGUUUGAUAGGGCCACGCCCCAGUCUCUAUCGUAGCUUGCAUAAAGGCAUGUGUAUGUACAGUGAAGUGUGUAUUCUAAUAGCAGAGACCGAAUUCCUAAGAAUCAGCAUGUUCUUACGUGAUGUAGACCAUAAGAUAGAACUGUAGGCAUACUCCAUGUGAGAGAUGUCCUUUAUUUUUCUUGUGUUAUGGGAAAGAAUCUGAACACUAGUGCACGAGCGUGCACUCUCCUGUAAGGCUCGGCUUUGUACAGAACUAAACUCUUGCUUGUAUGUGAGAGAAUGACCGGACAGUUAGGUCCUUUGCCCUUUCUCAGACUGAGUUAUCUUCUCCUGUGAUGAAACCUCUUUGGCCUCAUCAGAAGAAAUGAAUAAACCUAAAGAGGAUUGUGUUUCCCGCCUCCAGGUACAAAGAGUUACAGUGAGAGUCGCCCAGUGUCUCCCAGUACCUCAGUUCUCUUUAUCUCAGCCCAGGCAGGAAUUAUGAGUAGCCCGGAUAUUGGUGCUUACUCCGUCCCGUGGGGAUGGAAGGGGAUGGGGCCCAGUGCAUUUUUAUGGUGCUUAGUGCAAACUUGCAAAUGUUAACAUGUUUUUUUUUUUCAAGAAACCUUUUGAGCCGGGCGGUGGUGGCGCACACCUUUAAUCCCAGCACUUGGGAGGCAGAGGCAGGCGGAUCUCUGUGAGUUCGAGACCAGCCUGGUCUACAAGAGCUAGUUCCAGGACAGGCUCCAAAACCACAGAGAAACCCUGUCUCGAAAAACCAAAAAAAAAGAAACCUUUUUUUUUUUUUUUUUUUUUUUUGCAGGGGUGGGGAUUGGUGGUGGCACACGCCUUUAAUCCCAGCACUUGGGAGGCAGAGGCUGGCAGAUCUCUGUGAGUUCAAGGCCAACCUGGUUUACAAGAUCGAGUUCCAGGACAGCCAGGGCUAUACGUUCUUUGGGAUUUGGCAUUUAGUGCUUUUACUACAGAGAGUCACUGUGAGCGCAGCUGGGUGACACUGUGUCACUCACUAGUGACAGCCUCAAAAGCGACCGAAUGGAAACCACUCCGAGUGGCCCCUCCCAUUUGAGCACGAACUUGGGGCAGGGCACACGGUUUCUAUUCUGUACGACAUCUAGCCUGCCGUGGGUAUUCCCAUUUUAACCGUUAGGUGACUUAUGUAUUCUUGUUAACUAAACUCAGAUAUGGCAUCUGUAUGUAGCCAAUGACUUGGUUGGAUUUCAGCGUUCUCCCGUUGCGCCUUUGAGUGUAGCUCGCAGAAGACAGCACCUCCGAUCCGGCUCCAUUUUACCCCUUUCCCUACUCCGUCCCCAUCCCCCCAGCCCUGCCACGCCACCUCCAGCCUUCGUUUAAAGGUUUUGCUAGUGUGCCAUUUGCUGCUUUGCCUUGUAGAUGAAAUGCUCAGGGAGGGUCUCUGGUCGCCUUCCCAUCUCCCACACCUGUCUGCGCCAGCUGAGUGCCCUCCCUCCUGCAGCUGAGUGCCCUCCCUCCUGCAGCUGAGUGCCCUCCCUCCUGCAGUCAUCCGCUGCCCACUCCCAGUGCUGAGCUCGGUGGAAGUCGGGCGUCUGCCACACUUCACCAAUGCUGUUUGUUUGCAGGCCCCUGGCUGUUCCUGCACAUACCCAGACACUCUGCCUGUGUUCUGUGGUUGUGGAGAGCGGAUCCCCUUGGUAUUGGUCAAUUAUCCUGGUGUCUUGUCUAUGGCUGUAUUAUCCUAACAAUAUUCUAUAAUUAAAGGUAUAAUUUUUAAAG